ACAAAUCUGGAGAGGAUUAUUAGCUUCUUGCAUUCAUCUAAACCCUAAGACAACCCUCUGUGUUGUGUGCUGCUCAUCCUCUCUCUCUCUCUCUCGUCGCCGUCGCCAUCGUCAUGCCGAAGCACUACAGGCCAGCCGGGAAGAAAAAAGAAGGAAACGCCGCGAAAUACCUGACGAGGUCACAAGCACUAAGAUCUCUUCAAGUCAGCCUUCCGGUUUUCAGGAAGCUAUGCAUCCACAAAGGUGUUUUUCCUCGGGUUCCGAGGAAGAAGGUGCGAGGAAAUCAUCAUUCUUACUACCACACGAAAGACUUAAUGUUUCUCAAACACGAGCCCCUGUUGGAAACAUCCAGGGAAAUUCGGGUCUAUGAGAAGAAGGUGAAAAAAGCCAAGUCCAAGAAAAAUAAGGAUUUGGUAGAGAGGUUAUUAACUCGGAAGCCAGCUUACAAGCUUGAUAGGCUUGUUAAAGAGAGGUAUCCUAAAUUUGUUGAUGCUUUGAGGGAUCUAGAUGACUGUCUGAAUAUGGUGCAUCUGUUUGCUGCAUUGCCUGCUAUGGAUAAUCCUGAAUCCGGAGAAAAGAUACCUGUGGAGCGAGUUCACUGUUGUCGAAGGUUGAGUCAUGAGUGGCAGGCCUAUAUUUCACGAACCCAUAAAUUAAGGAAGACAUUCAUUUCUGUAAAAGGAAUAUAUUACCAAGCAGAGGUUGAAGGCCAGACGAUUACUUGGUUAACCCCACAUGCAUUGCAGCAAGUACUUCCAGAAGUUGAUUAUAGAAUCCUGCUCACGUUUUUGGAAUUUUACGAGACCCUCCUUGGUUUUGUUAAUUACAGACUUUAUCAGUCAAUAAAUGUGAAAUAUCCACCCAUUCUUGAUCCUCGAUUGGAAGCUAUGGCUGCAGAUCUUUAUGCCUUGUCGAGAUACCUUAAUGCUGGUGCUCAAGCCUCCUCUUCAAAUAGAAAAGCCAUUACAUCACCUGAAUCCAUGCAAACUGACCAACAACAGGAGGAGGAUGAACUUGUCGAGCUUCCUCCUAGUGAACCUGGCGCUUUAAUGCACCUUCUUGAGGAUGCACAUAAUGAUGAUGACGAGGAUGUAGAAACCCGGGAGUGUAAAACCCUCUUCAAGAAUAUGAAGUUUUUCCUGAGUCGGGAGGUUCCUAGAGAAUCAUUACUGUUCAUCAUCCCCGCUUUUGGUGGCACAGUUUCUUGGGAAGGUGAAGGGGCACCAUUUGAUGAAUCUGACCAAAGAAUUACACAUCAGAUUGUUGAUAGGCCAACACAAGGACACAAGUUUCUUUCCAGAGAAUAUGUGCAACCACAGUGGGUGUACGAUUGUGUAAAUGCACGCAUCAUAUUGCCUACUGUGAAAUAUAUAGUGGGAUGUGUGUGUCCUCCACAUCUGUCUCCGUUCGUUGACAAUGAAGCAGAAGGUCAUGUUCCUGAGUAUGCAGAAGCUAUUGAACGAUUGAAGGCUGCUGCUAGGAAAGAAGUCUUGCCAUUACCAGGCACUGGAAAAGAAGACCUGGAUGAUCCUCAGAGUCUACUGGGUAUUGCUGAUCGUGUAGAAGAUAUCGAAGCUGAAAAAAGAAGACAAAAGAUGUCAAAGUUGGAGGAACACUAUCAGCGUGAGCUUCAACUAGAACUACAAGGUUCCCAGAACACUCCUGCCUUGGUUGGUGGCAUUAACGCCAUUGACGAUGAAGAAGAUGCUGGCCCUGAUAUAAAGCAACAAAGUUUGGAUGCUGCUAAUAUGGCAAAGGUUGUAAUGCCCCGGAGGAAGAGGAAGCUUCUGGAAGCUAUGGAGAUUGGCAUAGGGAAGAAACAAGCUCGGACUAACCGAUUGAAAGAGAGGAAGAAAAAACUCGAUGAAGCCCAGAAGUCUAAAUGAGCUAUGCAUCAAGUAUUUUAUCAGGUACCUGCAAUUUUGUAGAUCUUAAUGUUCCCAAUCGAUCAGUUCUUGAACAAUCUUUACUGCAUUCUAGUGUGUGUACACUAACAAUGAUGUUGGAUUAAUAUUAUCUCCCCUAUCUGUUGGUGUAUAAUUAGAAAUGGAUUUUGGUUGAAUCCUGUAUUUUGGAGGUAAAUGAAAUAUUUGGUUGGAAGUUAUUUUUUUAAAUAAGCUAA